AUGUCAUCCUCGGAGGCUGAGAAUCAAGGCUCGACACAACCGUCCGCCGCGAAGAAACGGCGCAUACCGCGCGUCGGUCUGGCGUGCGAUCGGUGUCGAAAGCGCAAGAUGAAGUGCGACGGCCGUCUUGGUGGCCCGAAAUGUAAUUCCUGUGAUCAGAAUGGAUGGGCGUGUGAAUAUCUACAUGCGAUGCAGAAGUUUCAAGUAGGAUAUGUAAGGGCGCUGGAGAACAGAGUUGCACGCCUGCAACGCGCUCUCCAAGAGCUUUGCCCUCAUGAGGAACUUACGAAGAAGUUGAGCGCGCCUCUUACAGAAGAGAACUGGCCGCAGGAGGACUUCCUCAGUGGCAACGAUGCGUCACCAGACCCACUGCAGACGCCGAGUGCGUUCGUCUCAGCAAAAGGAUCUCCUGCCAGUGAUACGGGGAUCAAAGCAGAGGAGCCUGCCGACAUCGACGAGAACGACCAGACGUCCAAACUACGCGAACUGACCGACGAGUUCCAACAAUUGACUCUCGGUGCUUAUCAUGGCCCGUUCUCCAGUGCCAGUCUCGUACACAACGCUCUGAAUCUCACCUUCGAACUCACGGGAGCGCGCUUAUCUACGGACGAUCUUGCACGCUUCGGAAGGCCGCAGUUUUGGAGGUUCAACUCUUGGGAGCUGGAGAAUGCCCGACCGGUGAUGGACUUUCCCCCUCCAGAUCUUCUGAGCAAACUUGUCAAGAUCUACUUCGAACAUGUCAAUCCCAUCUUUCCAGUUUUGCACCAGCCAACCUUCAUGAGGACCCUCUCGUCGGGUCUCCAUCACACCGACUGGGCGUUCGGGUUCAUUGUGCUAUUUCUAUGCGCCAAUGCGGCACGGCAUUGUGAUGACCCGCGCGUGUUACUACCAGGGGGAGACUCUCGGUCUGCCGGCUGGUACUGGUUCAAUCAGGUUCGCGGGCAGUCGUCCUUUCACAAUGGCACGUCGCGUUUGUACAAUCUGCAGUGUACUUGCCUUUCGAUCAUGUAUCUCAUGAGCUGCUCUUCAAUGCAGUCGUCUUGGAUCUGGUGUCGCCAUGGCAUAAGCCUCGCUCAGGAUGUUGGGGCACACAAGAAGAAAGCGUACAGUACCACACCCAAUGCGCAGGAUGAACAGUUCAAACGAGCAUUCUGGACCCUUGUCAUGUUAGAUAGGACCCUGAGCGUCAUGAUGGCCCGACCUUAUGCGAUGAGGGACGAAGAGAUCGAUUGUCCCUACCCUAUCGCAUGUGACGACGAGUACUGGGAGCCCACUGACCCCGCUCUUGCGUUCAAACAACCCGAGGGUCGUCCCUCUCGCAUGGACUAUUUCGUAAGCCUCAUAGAGCUUACCCAAGCCUCCGGCCCUGGCAUGAAUGUUCUUUUCGCCGGUGCGAAAGGCCGCGCAUCACUCAAGACGCCCGCGGAAGGGUGGGAAAGGGAUACCAUCGCGGAACUGGACUCUAGGCAUACAGUAUGGGCGGACUCCGUCCCUCCACACGUGCGCUGGAAUCCUGAACAGGAGAACGACAUAUUCUUCCUUCAGGCCGCUCACCUUUGGGUAUGGCACUACGACGGCAGCAUCAUACUUCAUCGACCGUUCAUAACGCCGCGUCCAGACGUGCCGGCGCAUGUCGUGGCCGAGCUUGGCCUGCCCUUCCUUUCCAUAUGCCUCAGAGCUGCGCGCGACAUCGCUCGUAUCAUCGACUGCGUACAACAACGCUUUCCAGGAAGACUCUUGCCGCUCCUGGAAAAACCUGUGUAUGAAGCCGGUAUGAUGUUGUUCCUCGGAGUUUGGGGUUCAAAGAAGUUCGGUAUUGCAUCUCGAGUGCAGGAGGAUCUCCGAGGAAUACAUAUCUGCAUGCGAUUCCUCGAAACGCUCGAGACGCGAGAUCAUCCCGCAGGACGCCAUCGAGAUGUAAUGAACGCGCUGUUAUCUCUCGUGAAUCUUCCUACGCCAGACGUGGCAGGUGGCCAAAAACGUGUGUUCGACGAAACCGUCAACCCCGUCCCGGAUCGCUUCAGCCCGCUGCACGCGGACAUCUUGGCCUCGUUUGACGACUGGCUCUCUGGAACCCAACUCGACACCGCUCAGUUCGCAAUGCCGAUGCCAUCUGUGAAUGGACCCGCCGCGUCGAACACAGAUAACCUCUGGGAUAGUAUCGUUCAAGCAAAUGAUCUCGGCGCGUUUGGAAUGUUUGAUCCGCUCGGUGAUACACUAGGGACCGGCCAGUUCCCCUGGUCAUCCUCGACGGGAAGUCAUACAGUACCUCAGGACGUAUGGAAUCCCGCGAAUAGCGAGCGAUCUCCGGCGUACGAUCCUCUCGGUCAGCCAUACGAUAGCGGACACAGCGCACAGCCUACUGAUCCCUACGCGCAUACGUCCGGUUUUCCUUCCUUUUGA